AGUUAUAAUGUAGAUUUAGGUGAAAUAGUUUAAAUUAUAGAUUUAUCAAAUCCACAAUGACAAUAAAUACAUUUGAGAAGUUUACAUACAUUUUAUUUAUAAUCGUUAUCUAUUCUGUCAAGUCGCUACAAGUGAAUAAAGUCAUCAGCGGUCAGAAAGCUGGUGAAAAUCAGUUUCCGUACGCAGUCAGCAUUCAGUCGUACACCAGGCAGCGAUGCGGCGGCUCGAUUCUCAGCAAAUGGUACGUGUUGACGGCUUGCCAUUGCAUCGUUCAUUACAACAUGUCCCACGGAAGACUUGGAACUUAUGACAUUCGAAAACUGCGUUUGGUCGCAGGGAGCAGUUUUCGGUUUCCGAGUAAACGUUCCCAGGUGAGAAACGUUGACUAUGCCUUCGUCCAUCCCAAAUGCCGCGCUACGAGAAACCGGUUUUUGGUCUUUGACGUCGCCUUGUUGAAAACUGUUACUCCUUUUAGAAUGCACAAAUUCGUCCAACCGUUGCCGAUUCUUUCUUUCGAGAAAAGCGCUUACCUCGAACAUAGGGAAUAUUUGACCGAGUACGAAGUGCUCUGUCAGACCAUCGGCUGGGGCAACACCGCGGUCGUCGAACCUCUAAAGAAGUACUCGUUGCCUUCUGACGAUCUGUUGAUCCUCGAUGUCAAACUGAUAGGAAACUCGGCUUGCUUUCGUAUCCUUUGCGAAUUCCAUACCGGCUUCUGCUCAAUGAACGAAAAUUCUUUCGAAAUGCUUUGCGCCGUCGGCCCUGACGGGAAAGACGUCUGCACCGGUGAUUCGGGUGGAUCUCUUGUCUGCAAUGGCUACGGGUUCGGCAUCGUCUCCUGGGGGCCAGCCUGUGGAGAGGUCCUCGCUCCGACGAUCUACCAACCUAUUUACGAAGUUCUUGACUUUUUCAAAGAGGUGAUGACCAAGCCUGCCACAUCGACAAAGCGUUUCAAUUUGGAUAUCAAGACGGAAUAAGCUGAAUUGUUAAGUUCUUUCGUCUCGAAACAUUCAUUAACAUAUUAAACAUAUUUUGUGUAUA